GGCCGUCGGUGCAAGAGAUGCGCGGGUCAUCACCGUUUUUCACUCGCUCAGCUACGUUUGAUUUUGUUGCCCAUGGACCUCGGGUUGCUGCAUCGGGCGAUUCUUCGGCCAAAUCCAAACCUAGUAAUGGUACAAUAUCAAUGCCUGUGGAUGUGAUCAACACAUGCCCGAAAUUCUACAGGAGAAGAUUGGACGCGUCGACCCGAAACCGAAUCUAUCUGCGCGAACGCGAUGAUUUACUCUCGAAGAACUCGCAGUACCUUUACCGGCAAAUACCAGGUAGUAUCUUUGGCGGACUGAUACUCCAUAGCUCGAUGGUGGGAGCUAUACCAGCUCGCUUGACAAACUCAGUCGACAUCUAUUCGCUGGAUUAGAUGUAGGAGUGGGAGCAUUAUACUACGGUACAGCGUUCCACCCAGUGGUUUCGGAUGGAAGUCGGCCCGACGUUGGGUCUUCAAGGGCUAUGUCAUCAGUCUAGAUGUUCCGCUGUCUAUCACAUGUUCGAUCCGAGCGCAUAGAUUUCGUAACAACACCGACGAAAGUUUGGGACGUAAGGAGCCAAGUCGAAAAAUAAUC